GCGAGAGGGACAAGAGAGAGCUGCGCCAGAAGGAGGACACGCCAGACGUCUCACCCGCGCGAUCUCACCCGACCUCUCUCGACAUUCCGCCGCGCACUACGAGUAUCCCUGUAUCUAGAACAGCUUGUAGAAUGACUAUCUUGAGUCUUGUCUUCCCCACACUCACUCGGGACUAGUCGGACCUGCCAUUUGGGGCUCGCCGGGGCAUCGGCGGGUCUCAUUUCGAAUUUAAACGCCCCCAAGUCAUUUUCGUUUUCUCAUGCCAAGUAAUGUCCACCUGCUCGAUGUAGAUCCUCCGAGGACCCCCAACUGUCAUAGCACGCCCCUAUGCCAAGGCAGCGUCGGUGUUCAUUUUCGAAUCCUCGGAUCGAUUCGCUCGAUGCAAGUCUUGGCAGCAGCAGAGGGAAGAUGGAUAAAAAGGUGGUGGACGCGGGACUUGGACUCACUCAUCCGCCAUGUCGUUGGCACGUACCAAUACCGAGUUAGGCGACGAGCAGAAGCAUCUCGACGAGGUCGUGGAGGAGGGACAGGUCGGUCUGGCAGAGUAUGAGCAGUCAAAGUUGCUCGGGGAGAUUACACCCGAACAAAACAAACGCAUCCAACGACGCAUCGACCUGUUCAUCCUGCCCCUCUUUCUCAUCACCCAAACCCUUCAGUACCUCGACAAGACGGCAUUGAACUAUGCCAAAGUGUUUGGAAUGGAAAAGGCAAUGGGCAUGCAUGGCAAUCAGUACUCCCUCGGCGCAGCGAUAUUUUACAUUGGGUACAUGUUCGCCCAACCUGGCUGGUCCUAUCUUCUCGGACGAUUCCAUGCGGGUCGGACCCUGGGCGUCGCCGCCAUUAUCUGGGGCAUCCUCGUCCUCGUCAUGGUCUGGUCCAAAACAUUUUCCCACGUCAUGGUUACUCGCUUCUUCCUCGGCGUGUUUGAAGCAGCAGUCACGCCGGGUCUUUCAUUGAUGACUGCGUGGUGGUACAAGCGUGGAGAGAUUCCCCUGAGGCAGACGAUAUGGUACUCGGCGAUCGGAUGGGGCGGCAUGAUCGGAUCUCUCAUGGCCGCGGGAAUCACCAAGGUGAGGAAGAUUCAUUUCCCACGCUCACGUCCCCAGCUCUCUGAUCACCCGACACCCCGCUGGAAACUCAUCUUUUACAUCCUCGGCUCCCUCACCGUCGUCAUCGGUCUCGUCUUGUUCUUCUUCAUGGCGGAUGGACCGAGCACUGCCAAGUGGAUCAAGAAGGAUGAUCGACCCGCGGCGGUCGCCCGUGUCGCACAAUCUGGCGUAGGCAUGAAGACGACCACGUUUGAUUGGAAGCAUGGCAUGGAGGCGAUGACGGAUCCCAAGAAUUGGCUCCUCUCCAUUGCCAUGUUUGGAUCGUCCGUGCCGAACGGGGUCUUGACCAACUUUUCCGGCUCCAUCAUCAAAGGUCUCGGCUAUUCCACUCUCAACGCCGCGCUGCUCGACUGUGCCGGUCGAUCCCUCCAGGUCAUCUCCCUCCUCAUCGCGGGUUUGGUCGCGACACGAUGGGCCAACACGCGAUUGCUCAUGAUGACGGUCGGCAACGUCAUCUGCGUCUUUGGCACCGCUCUCAUGUCGUUCUUGCCGUUCACCAAGCAGUACACAUGGGCGCGGCUGAUUGGAUUCUGGCUCGUCAAUUGCCAGUCCAUCGGGUUCACCAUCGGGCUCGUCAUGAUCUCCUCCAACAUUGGAUCGUAUUCCAAACGUAUCGUCACCUCCUCCUGCGUGUUCAUCGCCUAUUGCGUCGGCAACAUUGUCGGUCCAAUGACAGCGUUGGAGAGCGAAGCGCCGAGGUAUCAGACCGCGGCGUAUUGCAUGAUGGCCGGGUAUAUCCUCAAGACGGUUUGUCAUUGUUUGCUGUGGAUCUAUAUGUGGAGGGAGAAUAGGAAAAGGGAUAGGGAAGGGCCUGCGGAUCCGGUCCAGGCGGCAGAUAAUGGGAUGAGGGGGAUGACCGAGAGGGAGAAUAGGCAUUUUAGGUAUGUCUUGUAG